AUGGUAUUAACAAUUGCUGCGACCGGCAGCCGAGCUAAUCGCAGAGACAAUCCCGUCUACAUCGAAGUGCUCAAUCCGCCACCGACCUACACAAGCGGGGACUGCGUGCAAGGCCAGCUAAUCGUGGUGCCCACAUCACAACCUAAACGCAUAAGCAUAAGUCUAAAAGGCUUCUCUGCCGUUGAAGAUGCCCAUGGAAGAAGCGUGCACCUUGAGUUCUAUGGACUUUCGCAAUUCCUCUACAUACACGAAAUUGCAGCCGAUGACUUCCACCUCCGUGCCAACAACGUGAGGGAUCCCGCCAGAGUCGAGCUGCCUUUCUCCUUUACAUUCGGAAACCAUGCUACGAUACCGCCUCCCGCUGAAGCCUACAUGGAGUCCGAUCUACCCGGCACACCACCAGUGCGAGUCCGACAAGAAAUCACGUACAUGCCACCAGCACCCCCCUACGACCGCUCCCUCCAGCAACCCGACCUAAACUUCGGCACCAAACUACCCAAACACUGCAGCGCAGCGAAGCUAAUUCGGACACGCAAACUCCUCCCCAACUACGGCGAAAACUCCAGCAAACUCGGCCGCUUCAAAGACAAACUCGCCGACAAAGAACUCCUCUUCGGCAUCGAGUCCUUUGCAGAAAUCCCCUACGCCCAAUUCAACGUCCUCGCCACUCCACCCAGCAUCCUAGUCAUAGGCUCCCCCCUCCCAGCCGUCGUAACAGUGCAACAUACCAAACGCUCAGAAUCACUGCCGUCCCCACCUGAUCUCUUCAUCCGGCGCCUAAAAGUGCAGUUAAACGCGAAGAUCAACGUCUUCCUCCCCAACGAAGCCUUCUUCAAACACCCCAGCAGAGUAACCAACCACACCGACCGCCGCACCAUCGUCCUCUGCGACCACAAAUACGAAACAGGCGACGGCGAGCCCCUCUACGACGGCCUCAAUCUGCUCGAUGUAGCGAACAUCGAACUCGCAAAGGAUGGUAACAUAGCACCCAGCUUCACCAGCUACGGCCUGAACCUAGAAUACGAACUCCAGAUAGAGAUCACGGGGAGAUGUGCGGAUAGAGAGUGGUCCGGUAUCGCGUGUACCCAGCCUGUACAGGUGGUUACAGAUUGGCAGGCUGCGCCAUCGAUUGAAAGUGCGAAUUUGUUGGAGGCUGGGCCGGGGCCGCUGGCGUAUCACGAGUUGGAUGCUGCGCCGAGGUUGUAUGAGAUGGCUGUUCAUACGGAGGAACCGCCGCCUUAUCAUGAUGAGCCGCCGCCGUAUAAUAGGAUGCUGGGUAGAACUGAUGUGGGGGGUCCCGUGGGGGCUGUUUAA